AUGCCGCGGCGCAGCCCCCUCCUUUAUCCUAGCUGCGGGAAGAGGCCGCGGGCCCGGGAUGAGCAGCGCCGGCCGAGGGCGACAUGUGGCAGGGCGGUGUGCAGCAAGAUCGCCCGUUCCAAAUUCAUCGGCAGGGUCAACUCGCAGCGCAGAGCACAGCAGCGCAGGCUGGCCACCCUUAAGAGGCCUGCGGCUGCCCGACGCUCCACGGCAGCCGCCGGAGGUGCGGCCCGAGCCUGUGCCGCGGUCCUGGGGCCCAGUCGCGCCGCGGGUCGCGCCACGUUCCCGGCCCGCGAGCGCGUGCCCCUCGCGCUCUUCCGGCGGUGCCUCCCGCGCCCGGCCUACCUCCGCAGGCUGUUCGGGCGCGAAGGGUCGGCCCGCUUUCAUGUGAGGGUCUCCUUUAGGGAGCCGACCGAGCAGGAGUGGCAGCGCGUGGCAUUCGCAGACGAAGCCCUGACCCUCACGCACCGGGGCAUCAGAGGCGCCUCAGCGAGCGCAGCUCUGAAAGGCGACGCUACGCUCUCCGUCCGGACCGGCGGCCGCUAUGGGAGCGGCUGCUAUUUCGCGGCUGAUCCGCUCUUGCCCCUAGCAUACGCGAGGGAGACCCGGGACCAGGCGCGGCACGUCGUCGAUGGAGCCCCGAGGGUGGUGCUGAUCUGCGCGUGCGCCCUCGGGGAGACCCGCCUGGUUGGAGCCGAGCGCCCGGGUCCUAUGUCUGCUGGGCAGACCUCCGUUGCUUCCAGUCCCAGCGGAUGCGUUCCAGGGUUUGAGUUGUGCGUCGGGAACCCCAGCCACCGGUGCCUCAUCAUCGGCAUCGCCACCGUCGAGCUGCUGUCCGGCUCCUUCCACCACGUGGCAGCCCAGAGCAAGUGCACCGCGGGGGAGCCUGAUCCGGCGGGCCCGCACGUGAUCGCGACGCGGCGGCGGCGGCGCCGCCGCGACAACUCCCGGAGUUCCGACAGGGACCGCCGCGACAAGGGGACGAUCGCGCGCCGGGCGCCUGGCGUCAGUGUCGCCUACGAGCCCAGCGAGCCCGGCCUGCGGCCAGGCGCCGACGAGGGCAGCCAGUCGUCCACUGGGGCACUUUACUACCACAACCGGGUAACCGGCCAGACGCGCUGGGAUCACCCGAGCCCUCCGGAGGUGGAGCCUCCGGCUGCGCAGCGUGUCGUGCCUGGCGGCGUGCCCCCGCAGGACAGCGAGGGUUGGGCCGCCUGGUGGUUCAACCCGGUUACGGGCGCCGCCUGCAAUGAGAAACCAUCUGAGAUUUCCGCUUGGACAGCCGAGGUUACCUCGCUGUCGGACGCUCUGGAGCGGGCCGCCCCCACCGCAGAGCAGGCGGCCCAGGCAAAAGCCGAGGUCAUGGCGCUCCGCCGUUUCCAGCAUAGGUCUGAACUGAACGCCGCGGCGGGCGCAUGGCACAACCGCGCCCGCGAGUUAGUUGGAGACUCCACGGACGGGCGCGUCUCCACGGCCGCGGUGUUUAGUGCGAAAUGCCAUUCCCAGGCGGAUUUGUACAAGCUUGUACAGGCCAUGGGCGUAGAAGUUACAGUUGCCCCCGAAAAGGGCAAGCCCGCCCUCGCCCCCGCUCCGCUCGCGAUCCCGCGGGGGUGCACCAACCAGCCCGGCGUGGAGAUUACUUGGAAAGUGUCGCCAACGACGAAGAUCACUGUACAGAUCGAGAGCAAGAGGCUUGGGAAAAUUGUCGCCAAAGGCAGGCGCGGGGCGUUCGAGACGCGCCUUGAGGAACUGCUUUUGUUCCUUGGCGACCCCAUUGACGUCGAGUCGGUGCUUCGGUGGGCGUCACAGACCAAGAGACGGACGGAGGCCGCCGCGGCCCUCAGGGACGCGAUAGCAUUAGCAGACAUGGCGCCCACCCUGUCCCCUGGGAUUCGCCAGCAUCUGGGAGCGGUGGCAGAUCCCUCAUGGGCGCUCUGCACUGCCGUCAGCACGCUCGUUCGACGGGAGGCGGUGCCAGCGUUGACCACUAAGGCGGCAAAGUCCACGGCCGUGACAUCACCUUUUGUAGGGGGGAUUUUUCAAUCUGGAGAGCCAGGCCGCUGUGCAGUGCCGCCGUUGCUGAAUGACUCCGCACGCUCACACCUGACUUUGGCCGUUCUCAACCCUGGUCGUUCUGGCUUCCUUCAUUUGAGCAGCGAUCUAAUAUUGGAGUGGCGGCUGGAGGCCGUCGCCCAUGCCCUGGACGACAGGGGCGUAGACCUUUGCAUCUUGCCGGGGUCGCGCUUCCCCGCUGGAGCCCUGUUGCCAAAAGGCUCCCCUUUCCUAUGGCUCGGACCCGAAUCCGCUGCAUGGGGCACUGUCGGGAUUUUUGUCAGGCCGGAGCUAGAGCGCGCCACUCGCCCCAUCCAUGAUUUUUCGUCCUCCAGGGAGCAGUGGUACGAGCUGUGGUCUGAUGGACAGGUCGAUGCCCCCACUUGUAUAAUUUGCGCCAUGUAUCCCGUUCACGGCGGUGACUUGGACACUUGGGUGUCCAUCGUCGCCCACGCGGGCGUUUUGCGCGCUAAGUUUCCUCGCGCGCGGCUCCUCGUGGGAGGUGAUGGGAACCUCCACCUGGAUUACGUUGUCUCCCACGGCGCCGGAUGCCGGCGCCUGCGUUGCCACCAACGCUCCAAGGAUAAACUGAUCCAGGAGUGGUUGGACUCUGCCGGGUCGCGCGCCUUUAACCCGCCAUCGCCCACGCACGUUUCAGGCACAUGUAUUGAUUUGUUUUUGGGCUCCCGCCACGACCCGCUGCCCGCGCACGUCGUGGAUGAAUUUGUGGGGCUUUCUGACCACAGGCUCGUGCUGAUUGACGUGCCUUGCCGGGCAACCGCGCAGAAUUCGGCGGGGUUCGGGCGCGUCGCCUGGACUUCGGGCGAGGAGUGGGAGACUGGCCUUCGGGAAGUGGCCAGCACGCUACAGGCGCUCGCCACUGCUAUUGAAACGGUAGGCACUAGUCAGUGGCUCCGGCCACCCUGGUACGGAGGCGGGGCCACCCGCCUCCAGCGCCGGGCCGUCCUCAAUGUAGCCGCCUGGGCGCGCGAUACCAUUUAUGCAAUGGUGGGGCAUGCCUCUUCGGCCACCCGCACGACGGGCGUCGCCAGUAGGAGCAGAGACACGUCGCGGCGCCCCCCGCUUGACCCCUCGCCUUACCCGUCCCACGAGGCCUUCCGGGAAGCCGCAUCGGCGGCGGCGUGGCAGGAGAGACGCAAAGCUGUCCACCGCUACCUGGACAUCCGCGAAACCAACGCUGGCGCCGCCGAGCGCUUCUUAUCUGGAUUUUUCAGGUCAACUGCGAAGUUCGACAUCCAGCUAGUGGAUUCCAUCACUGGGCACGCUUUGUCCACUAGCGGCAUGAUCGAUGCGAUCCGUGACGAUGUGUAUUCUAGGGCCCACAAUGAUUUCCCGCAGUGCCCGGAGGCCAGGGACAGCCUUGCGCAGGCGGUCACCGCCAUCCGCCGCUCGGGGGCGGAGGCGGGGCCCCUGUAUCCGGAACGACCAUGCGCCGACCAUGAGGUCGAAGCGGCGCUUUCCCUGCUCAAGCCAGGCAAGCGCACGGUUCACUUGUGCAACGCAGCCUUGCGGGUCCAGGUUGAGGAGGGCUUCCGCCUGACGCGGGCACUACUCAAUCUGGGUCGCGCGCUGUGCGUAACGGCCCGUCCAUGGUCUCUUCGCCAUUUUGCCCCAAUCCGCAAGUCAGGGCCGGCGACUGUGCGGAAGAUCAAGUCAUUGCGGCCAAUCUCGCUCACGACUGACAUGGCCUCAGUCCAAGACGCGGCAUGGAUUGCUCGCAAUGGACCUCUCAUCGAGGCUUACUGUGGCCCGUCCCAGCAGGGGGGGGUGGGCGAUACUGUUUCGUUGGUCAUCGCUCUCACUAUGAAUGCCCAGUUGCGGGCCGCGCAAGACCUGCCAACUUGGUGGGCUGUCGCGGACAACAAAUGGGCGUUUGACGUAGCUUCGGUGAAUGGCAUGCUGUGCGGCGUUUUUGAAGCCGGCGUACGCGGGUCGGACUGGCUGUUGCUGGACGACGUGUUGGCACAAGACCAUCAGGCGGUCGGCCUGCACAACUUAUUGUCGCCGGUGUUCGCCGUCGGGCGCGGUGCCGCCCAGGGCAGGCGUUUCUCGGUCCACAUUUUCAACGCGCAAUUGAAAGCGCUGCCCGUUGAGAUCGCCGCCGCAGUCCCCGGGGGGUGCGCCACCGUGGCCCCGCGCCUGGCUAGACAAGCUAUGGCUGCUGCGGGCGAGGCUAACCCCCCAGCCACCGAGGCGGCAAUGCCUGACCGGGCCUUUCCCGCGGCGGCAAUGUUGCAUGAAGUGCCACGGGUGGCGGCGACCGAAUCCCCGCCAUGGCCGCGCGCCGAAGCCGCGUUAGCCGCCCGGCUCAGUGCCGUCCCCGCCCUAGCGGACAGAGCCGCGGUGGUGGAGCUCGCGGGUGAAUUGCACAUGCCGCCUGCCCAGUUUGUCGACGACAUCACGGUAGCUUGCCCAUCUAUAGGGGCGGUGCGCGCCGUCCUGUCUCCUGAGGACGAAUCCGCGUGCAGUAGGUACGCGCGCACUUUUAAGUCGUUUUUCUCACGUGAGAAGUCCAAGACGUGCGUUCUUCCAGUCCUGGGUGCGCCCCCCCCCAGUCUCGCCGGCUGCCCAGAAGUAGACCGCAAGGUCCUCUUGGGAAUUUUGGCGGAUUCCGACCUGACGUUUUACCCCCUCCUCCGUGGAAUCGUCGCCGUCGGGCAUAGCUGCUUCUCCAAGCUGUUGUAUGCGGCAGAGUCUGGGGGCUUCUCCAUCCCAGUGGCUGCGGCGCAGGUCCCAGCCCGAGUUGAAUCUGUGGUUUUGUACGCUGCCCCGCUCCUGGCCGCCGUGCCCGGCGCGGAAUCAACCAUGAACAAGUUGCAGGUGACUUGGGGCCGUCGCCUUUUGGGGUGCCACAAGGGACCGCCGAUUCGCCAUGCCGUGGUCGUCGCCCAAUGUGGCUGGCCAAUGCGCCUGGGGACGAGAUUUUUAGAGAAGGCGCUGAUGGCGCGAGCACGGCUCAUGGUCCUGCCGGGGGACCACCCAGGUGCCCUCAUGCUGCGGGCGGCUCGGUCUUUGGCCACCCCCACGUGGGAGUCGGCAGCGGUCGCUCUGGCCCAGCGCCUGGCCCCGCCCCCGCAGGACCUCGAGGGGCAUCCCUUAUUCCCAGCCGCCCUGCUGGACGAGGCGCGCGUGUCGUCCGCCGCUAGGAAAGCAAUCCUCAAGUCGUGCCGGCUCGAG